AGUGGGCUGAAUCAUUCAUGGGCUGCUCUCUGCCCCUCGGCAGCUGGAGAUGGCAUGGGAACAGUGAAACAGUGAUUGGGAGGUGCUGCGGGCUUUGUGCUGCUCCCUGGACCCUGGUUCUGGCAGCAGGAGCAGGCGCUCCCAGGAGCUGAUGGAUUAGUGGCAGCAGGCUCAGGAGGGGCUGGAAGGAGCAUGGUCAAGCACCAACCCCUGCAGUACUACGAGCCCCAGCUAUGUCUGUCCUGUCUGACCGGGAUCUACGGCUGCCGCUGGAAACGGUACCAGCGGUCACAUGAUGACACCACCAAGUGGGAGCGCCUCUGGUUCCUCAUCCUCACUUCAUCCUUCUUCCUCACCCUGGUGUGGUUUUACUUCUGGUGGGAAGUUCACAAUGACUACAAUGAAAUCAACUGGUUUUUGUAUAACCGGAUGGGAUAUUGGAGUGACUGGUCCAUUCCAAUCCUUGUAACAACUGCUGCUGGCUUCACCUACAUCACAAUGUUACUGAUCCUGGCCCUGUGUCACAUAGCUGUGGGGCAGCAGAUGAACCUGCACUGGCUGCACAAGAUUGGCCUGGUGACAACCUUGAUAACCACUGUGGUGACCAUGUCAUCGAUAGCACAGCUUUGGGAUGAUGAGUGGGACAUGGUUUUUAUUUCACUGCAGGCCACAGCCCCUUUCUUGCACAUAGGAGCCCUGGCAGCUGUGACAGCGCUGUCGUGGUUGGUGGCAGGGCAGUUUGCACGGACAGAGAAAGCCACCUCGCAGAUGCUGAUGUUCACUGCGUACCUGGCAGUUGUAGUUGCACUUUACCUCGUGCCCCUGGCCAUCUCCUCGCCCUGCAUCAUGGACAAGGCAGCCCUGGCACCCAGGCCGGCCAUCCUGGGCCACCGAGGGGCUCCCAUGCUGGCCCCAGAGAACACUCUGAUGUCCUUCCAGAAGGCGGUGGAGCAGAAGGUGUCUGGAGUGCAGGCUGAUGUGGUGCUGAGCUAUGAUGGGGUGCCCUUCCUGAUGCACGACAAGACUCUCAGGAGAACAACCAACGUGGAGGAGGUGUUCCCAGAGCGCGCCUACGAGCACUGCUCCAUGUUCAACUGGACUGACCUGGAGAAGCUCAACGCUGGGGAGUGGUUCCUGCAGAAUGACCCUUUCUGGACAGCAGGGUCUCUCUCAAGGGCUGACUACUUGGAGGCUGCCAACCAGUCGGUCUGCAAGCUGGAGGAUAUGCUGGAGGUGAUCAAGGACAACACAUCCCUGAUCCUGAACUUCCAGGACCUGCCAGCAGCUCAUCCCUACUACAGCACUUACAUCAACAUCACCCUGGAAACCAUCCUGGCAUCGGGGAUUCGGCAGCAGGCUGUGAUGUGGCUGCCGGACACGGAGAGGCAGCUGGUCAGGCAGGUCGCCCCUGGUUUCCAGCAGACCUCUGGCCUGAAGCUGGACGCAGAGCGCCUGCGGGAGAAGGGCAUUGUGAAGCUCAACCUGCGCUACACCAAGGUCACCAACGAGGAGGUCAGGGACUACAGCAUGGCCAACCUGAGUGUGAACCUGUACACGGUGAACGAGCCCUGGCUGUUCUCCAUCCUCUGGUGCGCCGGCGUCCCCUCGGUCACCUCCGACAGCUCCCAGCUCCUCCGCAAGGUGCCUUUCCCCAUCUGGCUCAUGCCUCCAGACGAGUACCACCUAAUCUGGAUCACGUCUGAUCUCAUUUCAUUUCUUGUAAUUGUAGGAGUUUUUAUAUUCCAGAACUAUCACAUGAUCAGGUGGCGCCUGGGCAGCAUCAGGACCUACAACCCCGAGCAGAUCAUGCUCAGCGCCGCCGUGCGCCGCUCCAGCCAGGACGUCAAGAUCAUGAAGGAGAAGCUGAUCUUCUCAGAGAUCAACAACGGCGUGGAGAGCACGGAUGAGCUGUCCUUCUGCUCCGAGAACGGCUUUGCCAACGAGCUGGUGACACCCACGGACACCAAGCUGCGCAUCAACUGAGGCUCUGCCAUCACUGAGGGCUCUGCCACCAAGAGCUCUGUUAUCACUGAGGCUCUGCCACCGAGGGCUCUGCCAUCACUGAGGCUCUGCCAUCACUGAGGCUCUGCCACCAAGAGCUCUGUUAUCACUGAGGCUCUGCCAUCACUGAGGCUCUGCCAUCACUGAGGGCUCUGCCAUCACCAAGGGCUCUGCCAUCACUGAGGCUCUGCCACCGAGGGCUCUGCCAUCACUGAGGCUCUGCCAUCACUGAGGCUCUGCCACGCUCCUGCAGCGAGAGCCGUGCUCUCCUGCCUCCCUCCCUGGGAUGGGAAGCUCUGAGGAACUGCUGCUCGGGCAGAAACCCCGCUCCCACUCCCCACCACUGGCUGCUCCACCUCCCUGGUUGUGAGGCUGGGGGGCUUGUUUUUGUAAAUAUGUAGAAAAUCUGGAAAUUUUUUUUGUCUUUUUUUUUUUUUUUGAGUGUAAUUUUUCCAGGGCAUGAGUGGAAAUACUGUGUUCAUUAAAUCCUCAACCUUAUGGCUGAAGUUCUUGGAUCUUGAUGUGAGAGCCUGAGUCCCCUUGGGGGGUUUUGGGAACAACACAUUGGAUCUGUGUCCCAUUUCUCUCCCUUUCCCUAAUCCAGUCCUUCCCCCGGUGCAGCGACUGUGUAGCUGAAUGUUGUGGUGUUCUUGUGAAGUGUUGAUUUUGUUAUGGUUUCUUUUGUUUGGUUUUUCCCCCGUUCCCCUCCUCCAGGGCAAUGAAAUUGCAGCUCUGAUGCAGCAGGAGGCUGCUGGGAGAAGAGAAGCUUGCCUGGGAGAGGAAUCCUCGCUGCUCUUCCCUGCUGAGGUUCAGAGCCAGGGAAGGGCUUGCACUGGCUCUGUCACUUGGGCACCUGCUCCUGGUGGCACCCGCCUUCCCCAAAGCCUGGCUGCUCCGUGGGGAAUGGCCUUCUUGGAACGUCCUGCCAGAGUUUUGAAGGCAAAUCCUGAGCAUUGGCUGGAGAUUGGUCUCUGCUGGCAGCAGUUCUGGAUCUCUAUUUUUUCCCCUUUUUUUCUCUCUUCUCCCCAGCUGGGCUCUGCUGGGAUCUGGCUGAAGUGCCUGCCACUCCAAGUGGCAUUUGCAGUCACUCCUUGCUUCCCUUCUGGAAGAGGAGCUGCUGCUGCACUGGGAGCUUCCCGAGGAGAUGCCCCUGGGUGAAGAAGUUGUAAAUAGUCUGGAAGGCGAAGCAGCCCUGGGAUGUAAUUUAUUCCUGCAAGGAGACCUUUGCUCCUUGCUGUAAAAGCAGGAUCUUUAAAGCUGCACACUCGUGUCCUCCAAAGGAGGGAUGGUCUUGCAGCAGAUGCUGUUGGGAUCUCAAGGCAGAGGCUCCCAUCAGCAAAUUUCCAAUGCAAAAGGCUUUAACCCAAACUCUUAGACCAGAGGUUAAAA